AACCGCUCAGCUGGUGAAAAUGGAUUGGCUGCUGAGACAUCUGAUGAGGGGUCUAAAUGGGGGCAUGUGAAAAAAGGAACUUGUUGUGUUUGUUGUGAUAACCACAUUGAUUCGCUUUUGUACAGAUGUGGACACAUGUGCACUUGUUCAAAAUGUGCCACUGAGUUGGUUCGUGGAGGAGGUAAGUGUCCUUUGUGCCGAGCUCCGAUUGUUGAGGUGGUUCGAGCAUAUUCCAUACUGUAAAAAGGAAAAUUUGAAGGACACGGAAAGAAAAAGAAAAGAUCUCGAGGGUGUUAAUAUCAGUUCUUGAUGUCUCGAGGUUCUUAUUUAUAAGUGUUCAGUAGAUGUCUUGUUUUUCUGCUUACAUAUGGAACUUCACGAAUUGUAUAAUUGGAUUAGCAAAUGGCGCUGUUAAUUCAUUAUUCUUGAGUAAAUAAAUAGUUGGCCCACUUAUUCUUUACAAAA